CUCAAAUACACACACUAGUAGAUGAACCAGAGAAACAAGAGCAUUACAACAUUCGUCAACAAUGGCUGUUGAAUUUAUGGAGACUCUCAAUGAAAACAUAAGCGCUAACACCGGACUCUCUCCAAAUACUUUAUUUACUCUAUUCGCCACCGGUGUCACCGUCUACUACAUGGUUUCCGUUUUCUUCAGAGGCUCCUCCGAUCACCAUCAACAACACACCCCAAUGUCUUCUGAAGAAGAAGAAGUGCAAAGCAGAUCAAUGGCAUCUUCAUCUUCCUCCUCUUCUCACUCAUUGAAAUAUGAAGUAUUUCUAAGUUUUAGAGGAGAAGACACCCGCAAGAACUUUGUGGAUCAUCUCUACGAGGAUCUUGUACAACAAGGAAUCCACACAUACAAGGAUGAUGAAACACUUCCUCGGGGUGAGUCAAUCGGUCCAACCCUCUUGAAAGCUAUCCAAGAAUCACGCAUCGCCCUUGUUGUAUUCUCUCCAAACUAUGCGGAUUCAUCUUGGUGCUUGGACGAGCUUGCGUGUAUUAUGGAGUGCAGGGACACCAGCAGGCAAAUCGUGAUGCCCGUAUUUUAUCACGUGAAUCCAUCGGAUGUGAGAAAUCAAAAGGGGAAAUAUGGAAAAGCAUUUUCCAAACAUGAGAGGAAAAAUAAGCAAAAGGUUGAAUCAUGGAGAAACGCUCUGGAAAAGGCAGGCAACCUAUCUGGAUGGGUCAUCAAUGACACUCAAAACAGCUAUGAAGCCAAAUGCAUCAAAGAAAUUGUUGAUACAAUUUCUAAGAGCUUGCCUACACUAACUACAAACGCCAAUAAAAAACUCAUUGGAAUAGAGGCUCGCUUGCGAGAUCUGAAAUCAAAGUUGAAAAUUGGGUCAGAUGGUGUACACAUGGUUGGAAUAUGGGGGGUUGGAGGUGGCGGUAAGACUACUCUUGCAUCUGCUGCUUAUGCCGAACUCUCUCACCAAUUUGAAGGUCACUGCUUUCUUCAAAAUAUCCGUGAGGAAUCAAACAAGCAUGGUUUGGAAAAGUUGCAAGAAAAAAUUCUCUCACUUGUUUUGAAAACAAAAGAUAUUGUGGUAGGGAGUGAGAUAGAAGGAAGAAGCAUGAUAGAAAGAAAGCUACGUAGCAAAAGGGUUUUAGUUGUUCUUGAUGAUGUUGAUAAUGUUAAGCAACUAGAGGAGUUAGCCGGAGCGCAUGAUUGGUUUGGUGAAGGGAGCAGGAUAAUAAUUACAACCAGGGAUGAGCAUUUGCUAAGUACCCGCUAUGCAGAUGAAGUAUAUGAAGUGAGCUUGUUAUCACAUGACGAGGCUAUGGAGCUCUUUAGGAGACAUGCAUAUCGGAAAGAUAAACCUAUAGAAGAUUACGAGAUGCUUUCAAAAGAGGCAGUUUCUUAUGCUGAUGGGCUCCCUUUGGCACUUGAAGUUCUUGGUUCUUUUCUAUAUGAUAAAAACAAGGAUGAGUGGAAGUGUGCCUUGGCCAGGUUAAAAGAUAUCCCAGAUGAUGAGGUCACAAAGAGACUCAAAAUAAGUUAUGAUGGACUUACAGCUGAUCAGAAAGUGUUAUUCUUAGAUAUUGCAUGUUUCUUUAGGGGAGAGAGUAAAGAGGAGGCAAUGAAGGUGCUUGAUGCUUGUGAUUUACACCCUGGUAUAGGGAUAAAGGUGUUGGUACAAAAGUCUCUCAUAAAAGUUGAUUCAGAUGGAGAUUUUGAGAUGCAUGACUUGAUAGAAGAAAUGGCCCACAACAUUGUUAGAGGGGAACACCCUAAAAAUCCAGAAAAGCAUAGCAGGAUUUUGAAGGAGGAAGAUUUAGCAUACCUCUGUGAUAUGGGGGCAGAUGCACCGCCAAUGGAAACUGAAGUGUUACUUUACAACGAACAUCCACGCCUAUCUGAUGUUGUUGCAAACAUGAAGAAACUUCGGUGGAUUCGUUUGGAUGACUAUCCAGCAUCUUCAUUCCCAUCAAAUUUUCAGCCAAAAGAGCUUGGUUAUCUAGAGUUGCAUAAGAGCCAACAAAAAGAACUCUGGCAUGGGUAUAAGAGUCUACCAAAUUUAAAAUUUCUUAAUCUUGAGGGCUCUUGUAACCUAAUCAAGACACCAGAUUUUGAAGGCCUUCCAUGUCUUGAGAGAUUGAUUUUAGAGGAUUGUAAGAGUUUAGAAGAGAUUCAUCCAUCAAUUGGAUAUCACAAAAGGCUUGUUUUCGUGGACAUGAGCUACUGUUCAGGACUUAAAAGGUUUCCACCCAUCAUUGAGAUGAAAAAAUUGGAGACUCUUGAUCUCUCUUAUUGCAGUAAACUUCAAGAGUUUCCGGAUAUCCAGUCGAACAAGAGUCUACCAAAUUUAAAAAUUCUUAAUCUCUCUAAUUCAAAGAACCUAAUCAAGACACCAGAUUUUGAAGGCCUUCCAUGUCUUGAAAGAUUGAUAUUAGAGUAUUGUGAGAGUUUAGAAGAGAUUCAUCCAUCAAUUGGAUAUCACAAAAGGCUUGUUUACGUGAACCUGACCUUGUGUACAGCACUUAAAAGGUUUCCACCCAUCAUACACAUGAAAAAAUUGGAGACUCUUGAUCUCACUAGUUGCUAUGAACUUCAACAGUGUCCGGAUAUCCAGUCGAACAUGGAUAGCUUGGUAACCCUUGAUCUGUGUAAUACUGGUAUAGAAAUAAUCCCACCGUCAGUUGGACGAUUUUGUACCAACCUUGUUUCCUUAAAUUUACGUGGCUGUAGCAAACUGAACCUACCUCAGUUUCCACGUUCUUUAAGGAAACUCGAUCUUAGCAAUUACAAUUUGGGAGAUGGAGACAUCCCAUCUGAUAUAUUUUGUGAGUCAUUAAACCUACAGGUACUAGACCUAAGUCUUAACAACUUUUCAACAUUACCUUCUGGCAUCUCACGACUCCCGGGUCUCAAGCUCCUCAAUUUGUCACACUGCAUAAACCUUGUAGAAUUUCCAGACCUCCCAUCAAGCAUAGCUAUUCUCAGAGCAGAAGGUUGUCCCUCACUUGAAAUUGUAAGAGAUUUAUCAGACUAUAAAUGGUUAUGGAAAGUGUCACUUUUGGGGGUGGUGAAACUGAAUAAGAGGGUACUACUUUCUAUGCUUGAGGAAAAUGCAGUUAAAGAUCGUUUUAUGAGUGUCUUACUUCCCGUGGUUGAACCAUCAAGCAUUUAUACCAAACUUGUCACAUUGCAACUUCCACACAACUGGUACAGUGACUUUAGUGGAUUUUUAUUAUCAUUACGUGUUCCUGAUUCCCAUUACGUUACCGAUACGUAUCACAUAGUUAUUAAGCAGGAGAUGUCCACGGAUCACCCUGAAGAGUUUGGUGAAGAUUGGGAACAACGUAAGUUUGGUGAAGAUCACUCUGAGAAGUUUAAUAACGAUUUGGGACCAUAUGACUCUGAAGGCGUGGGCACGGAUUACUCUCACGAGUCUGAUGAAGAUUGGGAACAAUGUAACUAUGAAGGGGUGGGUUAUGUACCGUUUAGUUCAUUGAGGCACAUCCCAUGGUUCAAUCCUACAUACACUCAAAAUAUUUCAUUUCAGGCUGAAGAUGUAUAUAAUCGUAUGAAUAACCUGGGUCUUAAUGUAGAACUUGUUCGUAGUAAAAGUAAAAUAGGUGAUUUAAACGAACACCCAAUCGAUUACUCAGAGUGUUGGGAUGAAGAAUAUGAAGAUAACAAGACAUUUGAGAUCACAUAUGAUUCACAGUCCUCUAAAACACAGAUUUCAUGGAAACAUUUGUAAUCGAUCUCAGUUCAAAUUUCAAACAUUUGCCCACAUUUUGUUACCAUUUAAAGUUUGGUUUUGCUUCUCCAGCAUCAUUGAAGCCUAAAAAAAGUUGUAAUAAAUUUUCCUUUAUUA